CACUGUUCAACUGCUCUAGGUUGCAUAUGAGUAAACUUUUUCUUACAGGUGCAAUUCCUAAAAUAUAUAACCUGUCCAGCAAGUGAGGAAAGGAACCUGCUUAACUCAGAGAACAGAGUGUUCUGGCAGUCCCUGCAUGACAGAGAGGACCUGCAAGCAGACGGCACAGUGCUGUUUACCCUGAAGAAGCGAGUGUGUGUGCUGGAAAGCGCUGACCGCUCUAAUGGAUCGCAUGGAGCUGCAAAAAGUCAACAUCGAACCUGAUGAUCAGAGCAACAGCGGGGAAAGCCUCGAAGACAACUACAGAGAGCCGGCCAAUUCGGAAAAGGCUGCCAUUAGCAGUCCCUUUGCUAGUGAUGAUGCAGAAAGUCAGAAGUUCCUUACAAAUGGAUAUCUGGAUAAAAAGAAAUUGGAAGAAUAUAAUGAAGAAUAUCACAGGGGCAGAACUUCCUUUGGAAUGUCCUCGUUCAACCUCAGCAAUGCCAUUAUGGGCAGCGGCAUCUUAGGGCUCUCCUAUGCCAUGGCCAACACAGGAAUUAUUCUUUUCAUAGUUUUGCUGCUCAGCGUAGCAAUAUUGUCACUCUACUCGGUCCACCUUUUACUGAAGAUUUCAAAAGAAGGAGGAUCAUUAAUAUAUGAAAAACUGGGAGCAAAGGCAUUUGGCUGGCCUGGGAAGUGUGGUGUUUUCAUUUCAGUCACAAUGCAGAAUAUUGGAGCAAUGUCAAGCUACCUCUUUAUUAUUAAAUAUGAACUUCCUGAAGUCAUCAGAGCGUUUAUGAAACUUGAGGAGAAUUCUGGAGAAUGGUACCUUAAUGGGAACUACCUCGUCAUACUUGUAACAGUUGUGAUUAUUCUUCCCCUCUCCCUUCUAAAAAGCUUAGGUUAUCUUGGUUAUACGAGUGGGUUUUCGCUGACCUGUAUGGUUUUCUUUGUCAGUGUGGUGAUCUUCAAGAAAUCCCAAAUACCCUGUCCUCUUCCUGUCAUGAACCACGGGGUUGAAAACUGGACAGCCACCAAUAGCACAGUGCCAAUGCACCUGGUCAUGUUAUCAAAUGAGUCACUCGGUUCUGGUGUGAAUUUCAUGAUGGACAACACAGCUGGGCACUUCCCAAGCCUUGAGGAGCCAAAAGAUAUCUCCCCGAAAAGCAGUGUAGAAUAUGAAGCACACAGCGACAACGGUGACAAGUGCCAGCCAAAAUACUUUGUGUUCAACUCACGGACUGCCUAUGCAAUUCCCAUCCUGGCAUUUGCAUUCGUAUGCCACCCUGAGGUGCUACCAAUAUACAGUGAACUCAAAGAUCGCUCCCGAAAGCGGAUGCAGAAUGUCUCAAACAUCUCCAUCACUGGCAUGCUUAUCAUGUAUCUUCUGGCUGCCCUCUUUGGAUAUCUUACCUUCUAUGGAGAAGUUGAAGAUGAGCUUCUUCAUACAUACACUAAAGUGUACACAUUCGACACCCUUUUGCUGUCAGUUCGCCUGGCAGUGCUGGUGGCUGUAACCCUGACUGUGCCCCUUGUCCUUUUCCCUAUCCGUUCAUCUAUCAGUGCAUUGCUGUUUCCCAAAAGGCCAUUCAGCUGGAUAAGACAUUUCCUGAUUGCAGCAGUAAUUUUGGCUUUUAAUAAUCUGCUUGUAAUUUUUGUCCCAACUAUUAAAGACAUUUUUGGAUUUAUCGGAGCCUCUUCAGCUACAAUGUUGAUUUUCAUCCUCCCUGGUGCCUUCUACCUGAGAAUUGUUAAGAAGGAACCUCUGAGGUCUCCCCAGAAGAUUGGGGCUCUAAUUUUCCUCAUAGUUGGCAUAAUCUUCAUGCUUGUGAGUAUGACUCUUAUUGUAAUGGACUGGAUUUACAAUCCCCCAAGUUCAAGGCAUCAUUAACCUGUGAAGACAACCAAGUGCUUUUUAUAACACAAAUAUUUGUAUUUGUGCUCUGAAGAACAUCUGAAUGGGAUUGUUAUUCCUAGCUAGUAACUGCAGUACUUUGAAGACAGUUUCUGGUAAGGUCACAAGAACCCAACAGAGUCUACAUCAUCCUUGUCAACAAGGAUUGUUAUUUAUGCAUUAGGAAUCUGAGCUUAGCAUUUCUGGCCAGGUGAAGUGAAAAGUGUGGUGUGAAUGCUUUCUGUUUUCAAAACCAAAAUAACUUUGUACAUAGUUCUCAAAAAUAGCUUGGUGUCACCCCUUUCAAAAAUCUCCCAUGAUGAUAGUAACCACAGUUCCUGGAGCCUUGGAAAGGUAAUGGCCAGAAAACCGGCCAGUGCCUCGUUUUCCAUCUGAAGGUCAUGGGAGUGGCUGCCAAGCCACUGAAGGUCCAAGAGAAAGGGUACGGUUUCUGGAGGGGAUCUGGAAGGUGAUUCCUCCAUGCCUGAUAGACUGACCUGCCUAUCAGAAAGACAGUGGCUUUGACAAUGCAGUGGACAAAGCUGAGUGUUAGAUUUGUUGCCCAGAUUCAUCGUCCAGCUGUUGUACAGAAUAAAGCUCUCUGACACAGAUUGUUUUUUGGGGACAAGUGCUUGAAGAACAGUAGAGUAUUCUCAUUUUAUUUUUAAACAUGCCUGUGCUGGAAAUAUCAGUCAUUUCUGCAGUAGGGUUUUUUUUGUUCUUUAAUUUUUAAUUAUUGUGUGAGCUUACAUCACUGAACAAGUUGUAACCUCCAUAAAAACUUGUCUUCCACUCUCACAGGAAUUUAAGAAGACCACAAGGUGUGACAAAGCACCCUAUCCAGUAUUGUUCAGUACUUGUGUAUUUGAUAAAUGUUCAGUGCAGGAAACUGUAAUUUGCUAUAUAUAAAAAUAUAUGUAUUUAUGUACAUAAUUUUUUGUUUUCCUCUAGUCAUAAAAAUAUUAUCCUGUGGUAUAUGA